GACCCUCAGCAGUCUACGGCACCUUCGGUCUCCUCUACAUAAAAAAACAAACCAUCUAUCACCAGCAAUCAGCAACACCAUCCGGUAUUCCUCCGUUCCCUGCCCGACGGAGCUGCUUCCCUCCUUGCUGUGCUGUGCUUGUUCCAGAUUCUACUCCAUACGCCCUUGAUUUAUUUUACUUCGUAGAAAAAAGAAAAAAAAUAGCUUCUUACUGAAUUUCAUGGCCGACUUGGCGCUCGCCGGCUUAAGGUGGGCAGCAUCGCCGAUUGUCAACGAGCUUCUUACUAAAGCUUCAGCUUACCUCAGUGUGGACAUGGUGCGUGAGAUCCAACGACUAGAAGCCACUGUCCUGCCACAGUUCGAGCUGGUGAUUCAAGCGGCCCAGAAGAGCCCCCACAGGGGCAUACUGGAGGCAUGGCUCCGGCGUCUCAAAGAAGCCUACUAUGAUGCCGAGGACUUGUUGGACGAGCAUGAGUACAAUGUCCUUGAAGGCAAGGCCAAGAGCGGAAAAAGUCUCCUGCUGGGAGAGCAUGGAAGCUCCUCCACUGCAACUACUGUCAUGAAGCCUUUUCAUGCUGCCAUGAGCAGGGCGCGGAACUUGCUCCCUCAAAACAGAAGGCUAAUUAGCAAGAUGAACGAGCUCAAAGCAAUCCUGACAGAAGCCCAACAACUUCGAGAUCUUCUUGGCUUGCCACAUGGCAAUACCGUCGAGUGGCCAGCUGCAGCACCUACCAGUGUUCCCACAACCACAUCACUUCCCACUUCCAAGGUUUUCGGUCGGCACAGGGAUCGUUAUCGCAUAGUAAAAUUUCUUCUCGGCAAGACAACAACUGCUGAGGCAAGCUCAACUAAGUACUCCGGUUUGGCCAUUGUUGGAUUGGGAGGAACGGGGAAGUCUACCUUAGCACAAUAUGUCUAUAAUGACAAGAGGAUUAAAGAAUGCUUUGAUGUCAGGAUGUGGAUCUGUAUCUCGCGCAAACUUGAUGUGCAUCGUCACACAAGGGAGAUCAUUGAGUCCGCAAAAAAGGGGGAGUGCCCACGUGUUGAUAAUCUCGAUACUCUCCGGUGCAAAUUACGUGAUAUACUACAAGAGUCACAGAAAUUCCUGCUUGUCUUGGAUGAUGUUUGGUUUGAAAAAUCUCAUAAUGAGACAGAGUGGGAGUUAUUCCUUGCUCCAUUAGUCUCUAAACAGUCAGGGAGCAAAGUUUUGGUGACUUCUCGAAGUGAAACACUUCCGGCCGCUAUUUGUUGUGUACAACAACAUGUCAUUCAUUUGGAAAACAUGUAUGAUACUGAGUUUUUGGCUCUUUUUAAACACCAUGCUUUCUCUGGAGCAGAAAUCAAAGACCAACUGUUACGCACGAAGCUGGAAGACACUGCAGAGGAGAUUGCUAAAAGGCUUGGACAAUGUCCUUUGGCAGCAAAAGUUCUGGGUUCUCGAUUGUGCAGGAAAAAGGAUAUUGCUGAAUGGAAAGCUGCUCUAAAGAUUGGAGAUUUAAGUGAUCCCUUCACAUCUCUGUUGUGGAGUUACGAGAAGUUAGAUCCACGUCUGCAGAGGUGCUUCUUGUAUUGCAGCUUGUUUCCAAAAGGUCAUAGAUAUAAACCUCAUCAGUUGGUUCACCUCUGGGUGGCAGAAGGAUUUGUUGGUUCAUGCAAUUUGAGUAGGAGAACAUUGGAAGAGGUUGGGAUGGAUUACUUCAAUGAUAUGGUCUCUGGAUCAUUCUUCCAAAGGUACUGUUCACUACCGGAUUCCGGUAGUGGUUGUUACUAUGUCAUGCAUGAUAUCCUUCAUGAUCUUGCAGAGUCACUCUCUAGAGAAGACUGCUUUAGAUUAGAAGAUGAUAAUGUGACAGAAAUACCAUGCACUGUUCGACAUCUAUCUGUUCAUGUUCAAAGUAUGCAAAAGCAUAAGCAAAUUAUCUGCAAGCUAUAUCAUUUACGCACUUUUAUCUGCAUCGAUCCGCUAAUGGAUGGCCCAAGUGAUAUUUUUGAUGGCAUGCUACGGAACCAAAGAAAACUGCGUGUAUUGUCUCUAUCAUUUUACAACAGCAGCAAGUUGCCAGAAUCUAUUGGUGAGCUGAAGCACCUCCGGUAUUUGAACCUCAUCAGGACGUUAGUUUCUGAAUUGCCUACAUCAUUAUGUACUCUCUACCACUUACAAUUACUUUGGUUAAACCACAUGGUGGAGAAUUUGCCUGACAAACUAUGCAAUUUAAGAAAGCUACGACAUCUAGGAGCAAGAAGCAAGGCUAUGAGUUGCGACAGUUGAAGGACUUGAAUGAGCUUGGUGGCAGUUUAAAAGUGAAAAAUCUUGAGAAUGUCAUUGGAAAGGAUGAAGCCGUAGAGUCGAAGCUAUAUCUGAAAAGUCGCCUUAAAGAGUUGGCAUUU